AUUUGGACAGCUUGUCGUUAUCGGUUAUACCUACAGUUAAUCUUCAUAAAACUAAUUAUUUAACUUCUUCGGCUGGUGUUAAAGGGGUGCGUUUCAAAUAAAAGUAUGCAAUUAUUUUAACGUAGGUCAAGCAAGUGGCCAUUUUUUUUAAAACUUUUUUUUUAUAAAAAAGAACUGGCAAUUAUGUGGUUAAGGUUCUGGUUAAAAACAUCGUGUCAAACGUUCUCUUAACAACUGUUUUCUCGAGACACGUUUAACCGGAAGUUGGCGGUUGCUUAGAGACCACUUUGUAAACAUUCCGCUACUCGUGAACUAGACUACAGGUAAAAGACACCGCGCGCACAUGUUUUUCGUCCUCUGUUCUUUUUGUAAUCACUAAAUAUGUCCGGCCGGGAUCCUUAUCCCUCCCCAAAGCUUGAAAACGGCUUCACCCUCAGCGGCUUCAGGCCGAAGCAGAGAACGGCGUUUAAUAAGCCCACGCACAUCGCCCAGGCAGAGGAGCCGUGGAGCCGCCUCAGUGACGCGGCCACCGUGGCCAGCUCGCGACGGAGUGACAAGCACCAGGAUCCCAAGGACAGCCUCGACUUCCAGCUAGAGUCCGUCUAUGAUCACCACAAGGACGUCUUCUGGUUAAAGGACCAGGUUUCAUACCAGAAGGAGACCUUCUCUGCAGACCUGAGGAAGGAAACCUCAAAGCAGGACAUGCUGGAAAAGGAAACCGUGAACGACAUCCGAGUGUGGGUGGAUCCACAGAGGCGCUCGAUUCACAGCAUUAAGUGAAGCUCAGUGGAGGUAAAACUGUAGGCUCAUGCCACGGCUUUUCUUUGGCGACAUCGUUUGAUGAAUUCCCUCUCGUCCCAUUGGUUGGGGGGAAGCAUUUGGCUGCCGUUAUGGACGCAGAGGACAGUCAUCUCAUCAGCGUACUGAAGAUUCUGCAGCAGCUGAAGACAAACACCGCAGGAGCAAAAGUUCAGGAAAACGCAUGGGUCGUAUAAUAAAGUAGAUGUACAGAUUCACACACAA